AUGGUUGCAGAGGAUGUAAUGGACAAGACCUUCACAAAGGUUCCUGGAGGAGUGAGCCAAACAAAUGGUGGAGUUGUGAUGCUGAAGGUGUGGAAUGAAUCCAUUGACAGAGAUAAAUUUACACUUGAAUUCAUUUGCAGUGUGGUGAUGAAAUUCUACCAGCACACCCUUGCCUUGGCAUAUGCUGUAAAAGAGAUAAAUGACAGCCCCAAGAUCUUACCCAAUCUCACCCUUGGAUUCCACAUCUAUGAUAGUUAUUACAAUGCAAGGAUGACGUAUCGGACAACUCUGGACCUACUUUUCAAAUCGAAUGGAUUUAUCCCCAACUACAAAUGUGACAUGGAUAAAAACCUCAUAGCCAUCAUUGGAGGACUUAGCUCUGAUACCUCCUUCUAUAUGGCUGACACCAUAGGCCUCUACAAAAUUCCUCAGCUCACAUAUGGAUCUUUUCCCCCAGGGGAGAGUGAUGCAGAUCAGUUCUCUUCUUUUUACCGCAUGGUACCCAAUGACAGCCAUCAAUAUAUGGGAAUCAUCAGCUUACUAAAGCAUUUUGGAUGGACAUGGGUUGGACUUUUUGUUGUAGAGGGUGACGGCGGAGAAAAAUUCUUGCAGACCCUGGAACCAUUACUUUCUGAGCAUGGAAUCUGUUCAGCCUUCACCCAAAAUAUACCACAAGUAGCCCAUUUAGAUAAGCUGAGUGAAACAUUUGCUGUGUUCUCGGAUAUUAAUUUGUGUUUAACAGAUGAUAAAGUCAGUGCAUGUAUACUCUUUGGAGAAAGUUUAACCGUUGUUUGGAUGAGAACUGCAAUAUUUCUUAGUGAUCCUGAAAAUAAGGAAAGCUCAUCAUUUAGAAAGGUUUGGAUCAUAACAACUCAGAUUGAGUUAAUAUUAACAGGUUUUCAAAGGUCUUGGGAUCUUGAGUCCUUUCAAGGUGCAAUUUCCUUAACAAUUCACUCAGAAGAGCUUCUAGGGUUCAACACAUUUCUUCAGAAUACAAAGCCUGAUAGAAUAGACAGAGAUGGUUUCCUCAAGGACUUCUGGGAGCAAGCAUUUGACUGUACAUUCCCAAACCCCAGCGUUCCUUUGGAUAGUAAUGAACAUUGUACUGGGGAAGAGAGACUGAAGAGCCUUCCGGGGGCACUAUUGAAGCAGAAGACUUUAAUGGCAGAUGGAAAGUUGAAUCUUCAAGAUUGGCAACCUCUGCAGCUGGAACCUUUUCUUCGUAGCAUUAUAUUUAACAACUCUGCAGGAGAAACAGUGAGUUUCAAUGGUAAAAAGGAAAUGGAAGGUGCGUUUGACAUCAUGAACAUAGUCACAUUCCCAAACAAGUCCUUCCUUCGAGUGAAAGUUGGACAGGUGGACAAUGACGCUCUUGAAUCAAGAAGAAUCAUCAUUCAUGAGAACAUGAUUAAAUGGCACAAGGGUUUUAACCAGUUCAUUAGGAAUGUUCAGGUUGAACUCCCAAAAUGGUCAUAUGGGAGGCAGAGGAUGAAUAUGAAUUACAUUUGGAAUUUGACCUAUUUCUGUUUUAAAGAUACGGAUGACUGUUUCAGAUGCCCAGAAGACCAAUAUCCAAACAGGAACAAACAUGGAUGCAUCUCCAAAACUAUCACCUUUCUUUCUUAUGAAGAACCCUUAGGGAUCAGCUUAGCCUCAAUUGCUAUUUGUUUCUCCAUUGUCACAACUUUAGUGUUUUUAGUUUUUGUGAAGCACAGAGAUACACCCAUUGUCAAAGCCAACAACCGAGACCUCACCUACACUCUCCUCAUCUCUCUACUGCUCUGCUUUCAAUCAUCUAUGUUAUUCCUUGGCAAACCAGGGGAUAUGGCUUGCUUUCUCAGACAGCCUUCUUUUGGCAUCAUCUUCUCCAUGGCUGUUUCUUGUGUGCUGGCCAAAACCAUUACCGUAGUUGUAGCUUUCAUGGCCACCAGACCAGGGUCCAGCCUGAGGAAGUGGGUGGGGAAAAGACUGGCCAACUCCAUUGUCCUUUCCUGCUCUUUGAUUCAAGCAAGUCUUUGCACUCUCUGGUUGGCAACUUCUCCCCCAUUCCCCGAUUUAGACAUGCACUCACUAAUGGAAGAAAUCACUGUGCAAUGUAAUGAAGGGUCUGUGGUCCUGUUUUCCUGUGUUUUGGGCUACUUGGGUCUCCUGGCUUCCCUCAGCUUCCUGGCAGCAUUCCUGGCCCGCAAAUUACCUGACAGUUUCAAUGAAGCCAAGUUCAUUACCUUCAGCAUGUUGUUGUUUUGCAGUGUUUGGCUGUGUUUUGUCCCAACCUACCUAAGCACCAAAGGGAAGUACAUGGUGAUGGUGGAGAUCUUCUCCAUCUUGGCCUCCAGUGCUGGCUUACUGGGCUGCAUCUUUGCCCCGAAAUGCUACAUUAUCAUGCUUAGGCCAGAGCUGAACAACAAAGAACAACUAAUAAGGAGAAAUUAUUAA